GGGAGGAGGAGCUCGCCAAACGCAUGAACCUUCAGACCAUGGUGGACACGCUGCAAGAGGCGGCACAGGAGGCCGACGCCAUCCAGGAGGAGAUGAACGAGAAGAUUGAGCGGCUCAAAGCUGAGCUGGUGGUGUUUAAGGGGCUCAUGAGUGACCCCAUGACAGACCUGGACACAAAGAUCCAAGAAAAGGCCAUGAAGGUGGACAUGGACAUCUGCCGUCGAAUCGAUAUCACGGCCAAGCUGUGCGAUGUCGCACAGCAGCGGAACUCGGAAGACGUGUCCAAGAUCUUCCAGGUGGUCCCCAAAAAGAAAGAGCGCAAGGUGGCUUCGGACGAUGACAUCUCUGAGCAGGAUGGGGAGGUGAACCGGUUCUCAGAGGACGAGGUUGGCUCCAUGAACAUCACGGACGAGAUGAAACGCAUGUUUAACCAGCUGCGGGAGACCUUUGACUUUGAUGACGACUGUGACAGUCUGACGUGGGAGGAGAAUGAAGACACGCUUCUGCUCUGGGAGGAUUUCACCAACUGCAACCCGACCAUCGACCUGCAGGGCGAGCAAGAGGAAAACUUGGGCAACUUGAUCCAUGAGACUGAAUCCUUCUUCAAGACAAGAGACAAGGAGUACCAGGAGACGAUAGGUCAGAUCGAGUUGGAGCUGGCCACAGCCAAGAGUGACAUGAACCGGCACCUGCAUGAGUACAUGGAGAUGUGCAGCAUGAAGCGCGGCCUGGAUGUGCAGAUGGAGACCUGCCGCCGGCUCAUCAAAGGCUCUGCAGACAGGAACUCCCCGUCCCCCAGCUCCGUGGCCAGCAGCGACUCAGGAAGCACAGACGAGAUCCAGGAUGAGUUCGAGCGUGAGGCAGAUGUGGAGCCCAUGGUCAGCUGAUGACUGAGGCCCUGCGUGCCUGGAAGGCUCCUCGGAGUGGGGUGUGAGUCCUCACCACACAGACUUCCUAUGGCCUCCCUUCUCUGGAGGCCUGAGGGACUGCUGCUUCCUUCCUUCCUUCCACACCACCCACCACCAACCGGUGCCCCUUCUCCACCCCCACCCACCCAAGGAAUGGUGCUGUCAAUUUCUAUUGUUCUCCACAUCACAAAUGCAGACUUCUGUCCGGAC